AUGGAUUCCGAAGACGGGGAGUUUUUCAUUAAACAAUUGGCCAGUUUUGUGCGCACGCACGAAAAGGCACUUGCCAAUGCUCUACAGUUCAGACGACAGACUGUCUCCCGCCAUGGCUCUUCGCAGAGCGUAAGUUCUGUCACGGUGCCCCAGUCGCCUUCAACACUCCCCGAACGGCCAUCGACGUCUGCUUCUACCUCUUCCGGGCUUGCCGCUGCCCUAUCACUGGGCUCCUUGAGCUUCACAUCACACAGCGCCAAGUCAGCCAAGCUUGCGCUGACCCCUCAUCACCUAUUCUAUCUUCUUUCUCGAUUCGAGGAACUCGGCACUCCUGUUGGACCCAUGAAGAUUAGGCUUGAGAAUCUGCAUGACAGUUCGACCUCGGCCAAUUAUGUGUCCUUCCUCGGCAACACUCAGCGCUCUCGGAGCCGCGAAUCUGAUGUUGGCUCCAUUCACUCGGUGUCCAGUGUGCGAAGCGUUGUGUCUGGCAUGUCUGCUCUCUGGGCCAGUUUUGGCAUCGGUGCCAGUAUCUCGGCAGCUCGCACAGAGAGGCAGAAGGCUGCUCUACAAGCCGAUCUAAAAUAUCUCUACUCCGCAUUCACCAAGAUUCCCUGCCUCCGGCUUUCGCCUGACUGGCGCGCCCGCCUGAUUCGUGGCUAUGAGGAGUUUCCGUUCGAUUCAGCUGUGCCACUUUAUGUCUUCAAGAACGUCCAAGCUCUCGAGGUCAGCAGCAUAGACUUCCGGCAGUUCUUUGGCUGGGACCGUCUCGCCGACCAGCUUCGCUCUUUGACGCUGAAGCGUGCUGGCGUGGACGAUCCUGCUGACAUCCUUAUUGACAUUGUCCUGGAUGACAUGGAUAAACGUCGAAGACGCACCUCGAAGUCGCAAUCCUCCCCAACGACGCCGUGGCCUACGAGUACUAGUCCGCGACGCAGUCCCAACACAACGCAUGCCGAGCUCCACCGUUCUGCCUCUGCACCGGGUUCUCCUGAUCCCCAAAGUCAUGGGGACUUGCGGGUUGGCUCCAUGACUCCCAGUGACCAUACUCUGGAGGUUGGCUCUGGAGACGGCAGGCGAAUGUCUCUCGCUAGGGCCGAAACAGACGAACCCAGGUCCCCGACAAAGUCCAAUAGGCCGCGUAGCAACUCUCCGACGCGACCUAUGGCCUCCCGCAACACCUCAACCAACGUACGAGGUGGCCAUAAAGUCCGGAGAUCCGGCUCAGGGAGCUCGCAUUCCAGCCUGUCCGACUCUUGGCAUCACGCUCGUCCAGGGAGCUCGUCCAAUAUGCUCAAUAUGGGCAUCUUGCCGGCCUCGAAGUGGCGCUUCCUCAAACAUUUGAGCUUGCCCGAUAACUCCAUGACAUCGAUUCCCGCCUCGAGCUUGGCCCCGCUGGCCAACACACUGCACUCCCUCGACCUGUCCUCGAACUUAUUCGUGCAAAUCCCCGACAGUCUUGCCACCCUGACCGCACUUCGAGCCCUAAACCUGUCUCACUGCAUGAUCGACUCGCUACACUCUCUGACCCGAAACCCGCUGCCGGCCAUCACCGCUCUGAACCUUCGCGGCAAUCGCCUUCAGUCGCUGGCCGGCGUCGAGAAGCUGUAUCCGUUAGAGCGUCUUGAUCUGAGGGACAAUCGUAUAACUGACCCGCUGGAGGUUGCCAGACUCACCGGUAUCCCCGACAUUCGCGAGAUCUGGGUCGAGGGGAACCCGUUCACUAAAACACAUCGGGACUACCGAAUUACGAUAUUCAAUCUGUUCCGGAAAACGCCGGGCUACACAGAAGAUAUUGUGAUCGACAAUGUAGGCCCUAGCUACUCGGAACGGCGAUACCUUGUUGAGAGAGCGCCAGUCCCUGCUGCAGUGCCAGUUGUCAAGGCCCCAACCGCCGAUCUGCCUGCGGUUGAUGUCAGCAAGCCUGCGAUCAUAUACGAUGAGCCCGUGGAAUCCCUCUCCUCAUCGCGGAAGGAACGGCCCACACCCAAGGCCGUCACCAGCGAAGUCAACACCAGCUCGACCAGACGUCGAAAGGCGCCAAAGCGACGCAUUGUCGACCUUGCGACCCCAGAAACCGCCUUGACCGCCGCCGCUGCCCCAGCCGUGUCGCCUUCUGCUUCUGCAGGUAUCAGGGUAGUGACGGAGGAUGUCCCGACCCCCAAGCCCAUUUCAGAUAUCCAUCGGACGACUCAACUGCCGAAGGAGCAGUUACUUCCUCCCGUGGUCCUGUCCGAUACCCGAAAGGGGACCUCCCAGCCAGGAGUGCCACGAUUUGAUGCGACCGUGGUGCCUGAGCUUCCUCCUCUUUACACAUCCGACAACGGAAUGAAUGGUUGGAAGGAUUCCCAAGAAUGGGACGUCAGCGGCGAACUAUACCGCCAGAAGAUCGAGGCGCUUCGGGACAAAGUGGGCAAUGGGUAUCUCAGUGCGCUCAGUGAGGAGAGCUGGGAUCCCUCUCGUCCACCGAGCUAUACCGUGCCCACUUUCAGCGCCGGCUCAACCAUACGAUCUAGCCCUACCACUCCACGCACUUCCAGCACUCAUACCCAACCACAACCGUCGCCUAUCCUCAGUGGACGCACGCUCGGCUGA